UCAAUGUCAGGGCGCAGCUUCAGUUGUGUUUAGCAUCUCUCUGAGAAAUGUUCGCCGCCCUAAGUCUCUGGUUGAUUCUGCAUUUGAUUGGCCUGCUCCAAGGUCGCUCCAUUGUGGGCGAAAGUCAGGAGUGGCUGACACCCCAGCCCCAGCCAGAUCCCACAAUCUUUGUGUAUUCCCCGACCGAAAAGCAAGAGAUAUUUUCAACUGAUGUUUGGAUGAAUAGUUUUUAAUGUUCAUUUCGAAUUAUAUAAAUAAAUGUCAAUGGCUGGAUCUUUAACA